UUGUGGCCAACACUCUGUUGUAGAAGCAAACUAACACUGGGGGGCGAUAGUCACGGUGUCUACCAUAUCAGUCAUUUAGCUUUUCCUACCGUCACUCGCUAGCAGCUUCUAAGAUGAAGCCUUCCAACCUCCUCGCUGGGGCAUCCACACUCAUUACAGUGACUUCGGCUCUGGCUAUCGGCCAGAAUCAUCAUGGCGUCCAUAGGAAGAUACACGACAAGCGUGACACUGUCACGAUAUUGGACGUGGUAACUUCAACGGCUGCCGAGAAGGUCACUGUUAUUCACGAUCAAUUCGGGAAUGUUCUGGCAACCCAUUUCCCAGUCGUGCCCGAGAUGAACGAGGCCCUCAACCCCGAACUUGCCGAUGCUGCUGUUAAUGUUGCACCCGAUCCUACGAUCACAUCAGUGGUCGCAGUCGAGACUGCAGUCAAUGUUGCUGUGCCUGUUCCUUCACCGAAACCGGCACCUUCUCCGGAACCAUCUCCUGCGCCUGCGCCAGCUGCCGCUGCCGUUCCUGCUGGGGACGGGCUAAUCUCAUCUGGUCGUGGCAUCAGUUGGAACCCUUGGGUUGGGACAGAAGGCGCUGCAACAUGCAAGACUCAAGAACAAAUCAACGCCGAGGUGGCCGAGCUCCGACAUUUCAGCUAUAUCCGUCUGUACAGCACCGAGUGCCAGCAAAUCGCAAAGAUUCUCGAGGCCGGGUGGGAUCGCAAGCUCAUUCUCGGCGUCUGGAACCUUGACGAGGGAUUUAACGAGGACCUUAGGAGGAUCACCAGCACUGUGACGGGGUCGAAGCAAGGAUGGAGCCAAAUCAUGGCGGUCACCAUUGGCAAUGAAGACCAUGUCCGUGGGGACCAUGCAUCCGCUCCUGGUAAAGUCAUCGAUCGCCUGAGUGCUGCCCGAGGCGUGUUACGCGCAGCCGGGUACACUGGACCGGUUGCACAUGUUGAGAACGAAGCCGGAUUCGCUGUCCCGGGUGGUAUUGACACCUGCCUCCAAAGUGACUUUGUUGCCCUUAAUGCGCACGCGUUUUUCGAUCCGAAUUCGUCGGCGGAGAAUGCAGGACAGGCCGUCCAGAACGCCGUGAACCGAAUUAAGAAGCACUGUGGCGGCAAGCAGGUCAUUGUGAUGGAAUCGGGUUGGCCCCAUAGCGGCACCGCGAAUGGACUGGCUAUUCCUUCCCCUGAGGAACAAGGCAAAGCCAUCCGGUCUCUGAAGAGUACGUUCCAGACGGACAUCGUGUUGUUUUCGUCCCACGAUGAUGCUUGGAAGAGGGACUUCUCGGGUUCCUACGGUGCAGAGAAGUUCUGGGGUAUCUUGGGCAUGGGCGAAGCCUAAAUGUGCGGUCCGUUACCCGAGCCCAGAUGUUGGGGUUUCGUGUCUGGAAUACACAUGAACCACAAACACACGAUGAUCAUGACCUUUUCCCCCCUUCUUAUCGCCUUCAGCUGCAAUUCAUGUACGAUAUUAAGCGGCUGGACAUCCAUAGCGUUGAAAUCUUGUCUACUGUUCAUAUUAUCACACAGAUGGGAGAGGAUCACACACAGAAUUCAAAAGCCAAGGUCUUCUGUUCACAG